GGCGAGGUGCAAAUCAGGGGACCGACCGUCUUCAAGGGCUACCAUAACAAUCCGGAGGCCACCGCGGAGGCGUUCACCGCUGACGGCUGGUUCAAGACGGGUGAUCUCGCCCGCUGGGAGGAGCACGGCUACUUGACAGUUUGCGACCGCCUAAAAGACAUGAUUCUCGUCGGGGGCGAGAAUGUGUACUCUGCCGAGGUGGAGCGAGUGCUCGCAGCCCACCCGCAGGUGCUACUCGCUUGCGCGUACGGCGUGCCAAACGAGCUGCUGGGCGAGGUGGUGAAGGCCGUUGUCGUACUGCGAGAGAACUCCGACAACCACGAGCCAAAUGAAGCCCUCCGGUGUCUGCGUUCAUUCUGUGCCUCGCACCUGGCCGACUAUAAGCGCCCGGCUCUCUAUGAGGCAAUUGCCCUCUCGGAGCUGCCGAUGACGGGCUCCGGCAAGAUCGCCAAGGCUGAGCUG